UUCUCUAUCUUUCAACACUCUCUUGCAUCAUCUUCUUUCUGAAUACAUUGUUUGAUCAGGAUGAUCACACUGUAUCAUGUUGGCUAAAAUCAAUUCCUUUUAUUUAGAACCAAAGCAAACUUCAUUUCUUUGUUUAAUCUUUUCUUGGUGUCCACUUUUCUCAUAAACCAUUAUUUUCAAUUCUUCACACACAAGGACUUGUGUGGUGUGGAAUAGUGAAAGCCAUUGCAACAACAUGCCAAAUCAACACCCCAUUUGGCAUUGUACUUUCCUCAUGUUUCUCUUGUACUUUAUACUCAAUGCAGCUCCUGUGAGUUGCAAAUCCACCAUUGAGCCAUGCUCUGAUAGUAACUCCUGCAAUGCUCUUCUUGGCUACACCCUUUACACUGAGCUCAAGGUCUCUGAGGUUGCUUCUCUCUUCCAAAUAGACCCUAUUGCUCUUCUCACUGCCAAUGCCUUUGACAUAACCUUCUCUGAUGUAGAGCAUCACAUUCUCCCUUGCAAACUCUUCCUCAAGGUCCCUAUCACAUGUUCCUGUGCUGAUGGAAUUAGAAAAUCAGUGUCUGCCCAUUACAGGACUCGUCCUUCUGAUACUCUCUCUUCCAUUGCAGAUUCAGUGUAUGGAGGUCUGGUGUCUCCUGAUCAGCUUAGGGAGGCUAAUUCCAUAGCUGAUCCUUUGAUGCUUGAUGUGGGUCACAACCUUGUGGUGCCACUUCCAUGCACAUGCUUCAAUGGCAGUGAUAAUUCUUUGCCUUCAGUUUACCUCUCCUAUGUGGUAAAGCCAAUGGAUACUUUGGCUGCCAUUGCAGCUAGGUAUUUCACCACACUUACUGAUUUGAUGAAUGUCAAUGACAUGGGGAGUGCAGCUAUCUCUGAUGGAGAUAUUCUUGCUGUUCCAAUUCCUGCUUGUGCAUCAAAAUUUCCAAAAUAUGCCACUGAUUUUGGCUUGCUUGUCCCUAAUGGAAGCUACACCAUUACAGCUAGUCACUGUGUGCAGUGUAGCUGUGGACCACAGAAUUUAGAUUUAUACUGUAUUCCCUCUUCUCUAGCCGUCUCUUGCUCCAGCAUGCAAUGCAAAAGAAGCAAUUUUACACUUGGGAAUGUUACCGUGCAAAAGAUGAGCUCAGGUUGUAAUGUGACAUCGUGCAAUUAUGAUGGUUUUGUCAAUGGCAACAUAUUAACAAUGAUGGCCUCAUCUCUUCAGCCUCAUUGUCCAGACCAACAACGAUUCCCUCCACUUAGAGCGACACCUUCAUCUCGUACAAGUGAAUCAGUUGUUGCAUUUCCUCCAUCUCUGUCACCGUCACAGCCACCAUUACUGUCACAAUCACCAUCAUCGCCAUCAGAAGGAAUAGGUCUAAUAGCACCCAAAUCUUCAGUCAUGCCUGCAACCAGAUCAUUUCCAGUAUUCUCUCCUGGAAAUGACCCUGUUGGUAGGAUUGCUUCUGCUGCUUCCUCUUUGGUGAAUCCUAUUCCCAUUUUGACGUCCUCAUUUAUGUUGUUGCUUAUAACGUUGAUGAUCCCUGUUGCUUUGUAA